CCAUCUUUCUCUGCAAUUCCUCUAUUUUCAUUCCUACCAAACAAAACCCUGCUUGUUAAAUAUGGCUUCUACUUCAUCUUUAGCCUUCUCCUGUAAAACUAGCUACGAUGUUUUCCUUAGCUUUAGGGGAAUUGAAACUCGUCAAAUUUUUACUUGUCACCUUCAUGCUGCCCUUUGCCGGAAAAAUAUUACAACAUUCAUAGACGAUGAUCUUGAGAGAGGAGAAGGGAUCUCGUCAGCGCUCAUGAAAGCGAUUGAAGAAUCCAAGAUUUCUGUAGUAAUUUUCUCAGAAAAUUAUGCAUCCUCUCGGUGGUGCCUAGAUGAACUGGUGAAGAUCAUUGACUGCCAGAAAGAAAUGGGGCGAAAGAUUUUACCCAUUUUCUAUCAUGUAGAUCCUCGUGAUGUUAGAAAACAGACUGGGAAAUUUGGAGAAGCAUUUGGAGAAGUUAAAGAAAAAUUUAAGCACAGCUUAGACAUUGUGGAGAAGUGGAGCACUGCUUUGACGGAAGUAGCCAAUCUGUCUGGAUGGGAUUCCAGCAGCUACAGGAAUGAAUCGGAAUUAAUUGACAAAGUUGUCAAACAUAUCAUGAAGAAACUAUAUCCCGUCUCCUUUAGUGCUUGUGAUGAUUUAGUUGGGAUUGAUGCUCACCUCAACGAAAUUCUAUCAUUCCUAUGUAUUGAGAUGGCAGAUGUUCGUUUUAUUGGAAUUUGGGGAAUAGGCGGCAUAGGAAAGACAACCAUUGCUGAAGCGCUUUUCGGUCAAAUCUCUGAUGAAUUUGAUGCUUGUUACUUUCUAAACAACGUUAGGGAAAGUACAGAAAAGCAUGGAUUACUGCAUUUACGACAAAAUCUUUUUUCCAAACUUGUAGGGGAUGAACAUUUGAGUAUACAAACGCCCUGUGUACUUCCCACUAUUGUUUUGGAUAUAUUGAGAAGAAAGAAGGUUUUCAUUGUUCUUGAUGAUGUCAACGAUUCAAAGCAAUUAAAGGCUUUGGCUGGAGAUCAUGGUUGGUUUGGUUCAGGAAGUAGAGUCAUAAUAACAAGCAGAGACAAACAAGUUCUUAGCAGAGUUGACAAAAUCUAUGAGGUUAAGGGAUUGGAUUGUAGUGAUGCUUUUCAGUUGUUAAGUAUGAAAUCCUUCGAACAAAAGUAUCCUCCGAUGCAAUAUAUAGAGUUGUCCAAAAGGGUACAAGCUUAUUGUAAAGGUGUUCCAUUAGCUCUCGAAGUUUUGGGUUCCCAUCUGUGCAAUAAGACUCCUGAAGAAUGGGAAAUUGAAUUGAAUAAACUGAAGAGAUAUCCUGACAGCGAUAUUAUGGAAGUCUUAGAAAUAAGUUAUAAUGAUUUAGAUGAAAUGCAGAAGAAAAUAUUUUUAUAUAUUGCUUGUUUCUUCAAUGGAUAUGGCAAAAGCUAUGUAGAAGAUAUACUAAAUGGUUGUGAUUUUCCUACACGUUGGGGAAUAAUUCGUCUGGUGGAUAAGUGUCUUGUAACUGUUGUGAAUAACCUGUUAAAGAUGCACGAUCUGAUAGUGGAAAUGGGUCAAGAUAUUGCUCGGCGGAAGGGUAUCAUAUUAUGCAAUUCUAAUGACAUCUGUGAUAUGUUGACCUCAACUAAUAAUAAGGCAAAUGAAGCAGUUGAAGGCCUACUUUUGAACCUGUCUGAAAUUAGAAGGGUACAUUUGAAUGAUUCAGUCUUCUCACGAAUGCCCAACUUGAGAUUGCUAAAAUUUUACAGGGAUCGCUCAAAUUUUACUGAAUUCAGAUUUCAAUCAAAUUAUCUAAAAUGUCUUCCUAACAAGUUGAGUUUACUUCAUUGGGAAAAAUACCCUUUCAAGUCUUUGCCAUUAAAUUUUUCCAUGGAAAACCUUGUCCACCUCAUCAUGCCAUGUAGCGAAGUUGAAGAGCUCUGGAAUGGAUCUACGUGUUUGCCAAACUUAAAAUCUCUUGAUCUUAAUUGGUCAAAGCAUCUGAAAAUAGUCCCUGAUUUUUCUAUGAUGACAAGCCUGGAAGUGAUAAAUUUUGAAGGUUGUGAGAGUUUGAUUGAGAUUCCAUCAUCCAUUCAGUGCCUGGAAAGACUCGAUUCUCUUGAUCUAAGUCAUUGCAAAAAGUUGAGAAGUGUUCCACAAAUGCCGAGAGGCAUAAAAUAUUUAGAACUCGCUAAUUCUGGAGUGGAAGAGUGGUCUCCGUCAUCUAUCCAAUUUCUUGACAAUCUUUUGGUCUUAGAUAUCACCCAUUGCCAAAAUCUUAGAAGUCUUCCAAGAAUUAUAUAUUGCAAUACUUUUAUAAGACUUGAUAUCAGUUUCUGCCCAAAUCUCAUCAUGUCGCCGCAGAUUAUGGAAAGUUCAGAAGUAUUGCCCUCAUCAAAUAAUGGUAUUGUUGAGUUAGAUUUGAGAGGAUGUAAAAUGCUCAACAGUCUCCCAAAUAGCACUUGCGAAUUGAAACGCCUUGAGAUUCUGAAUCUCCAUGGCUGUUCAAAUCUAGAGAAAUUGCCUCCUUUAUAUGGUUUAUGCUCCUUAAAGAAGCUAUAUCUGGAUGGCACUGCACUUGUAGAAAUUCCUCCUGACAUUGUUUCUUUGUCAUCAUUAGAAUUACUGUCUCUAAGUGAUACUCCAAUGGAAGAAUUGCCGUCAUCAAUUGGUUGUCUCUCUUCACUUGUUAGUUUGUAUUUGAAGAGAUGUAAAAACCUUAAGAGUCUCCCAAACAGCAUUUGUGAAUUGAAAUGUCUUGAGACUCUACAUCUCGGUGGCUGUUCAAAUCUAGAGAAAUUGCCUCCUUUAUAUGGUUUAUGCUAUUUACGAGAUCUAUAUCUAGAUGGCACUGCACUCGUAAAAAUUCCCCUUGACAUUUUCUCUUUAUCAUCAUUGGGAGUAUUGUUUCUAAAUGAUACUCAAAUAGAAGAAUUGCCGUCAUCAAUUGGUUAUGAAUUGAAUUUUUGUAAUUGCGUAAAUUUGGACCAAAAUGCACGUGGCACCAUUAUGGCAGAUGCUAUCCAGAGAAUUAAAGAAUUAGCCAUUGCUAGAAGUUAUAGAGCAUUGUAUCGUCAUUUUUUGGUUGGUUUACCCGGAAGCAAAAUUCCUGAGUGGUUGAGCUGUGAAGGCCCAGGACAUUUAAUAGAAACUUCAUUCCCUCCUGGUUGCUUCAAUAAUAUGUUCCGGGGUUUUGUUUUUUGUGCUAUUCUAGAACUCAAGGCUCCUGUUUUUGAUGAUGAGGAUGGACCCUUAACAUGUCAAAGCAGUUUCAAAAACAAUAAUGGCUACAGAGAGGUCAAUUUUACAAGUGAAUAUAUCUUUUUGGAAAAUACCAUAGAAUCAGAUCAUGUGUUAUUUUGGUACGAUGGCGAUGACAUUUUCUUUUUAGAUUGGCUCAAACAAAAUUGUGAAAUGGAGAACAAGGCAACAUUCCACCUCGACCCUGAGAAUAUGUGCUCCGACGAUGAGAGAAAGUUGGAAGUGAAAAGGUUUGGGUUCCACUUGUUAUAUGACAAAGUUGAGCUAAACAAAUGCAGAGACGCCAAUUUUCUGGAGCAAUUCAAAGAAACAACAAAUGCCAACAAUAAGAGAAGCAGGGAAGACUUCUACUCCAGUAAUAUCAAUGGCAACCAGGAGGUGGAAACGCACCCUAAAAGAUUGAGGCAAAAUUUCUUUGUGGAAGAUUACUUUUCAAAUGCUCAGGAUGGGAUUAACUGCGACGCUACCAUUGUUCCUUCAAGUUCUUCAUGUGAAUUUGCUCCCAAAUUCUACAAAUUUCUUUGAAAUCCGUCCCUACUAAUUGUGGAGAACUGAGGCUUGCGGCUCUCUUUCCCUCAAGCUGCGUCGACGUCUUUCAAAUCUGGGCAUCAACUAUCUGAUCUAUCGAGUCUCAUUUGUUUUGGGCAUCAACUUUCUGAUCUGGCAAGUCUCACGAGCCCAUCUCUCGCGACUUCAGCGGCGUCUUGCAGACUCACUCUAUGCCAACCUCGGCCUUCUCCAUCUCGCCACUCAUGGUGUUCAAUUCCGGUCUGAUCCUCCAAAUGAGAUAUUGAGUUUCCUCACGGCAGAUGCAGUGGUAGUGACUUUGUGUUAACUCAGGUUGCGAGCCUACUCGUGUGACUAUAAUUGAGUUUCCUCAUAGAAGAUGCACGCUAAUUUGGUCUCUUUGGAAAAACAGGAUUGAAGUGCUUUGGAAUGCUAAUCAGAUUACAAGCUCUGCUUCCUUCUUAGCUUCUUGCAUCAGUGGUUAGCUGCCAAAGUUAGUGACCAUCCAUCCCAUUUAGACUACCCUUCGACAGUUUCUGUGGCUGAUUUGUUGAAAUGGCACAAG